ACAAGAUGUUUGGAUUAAAAGUUCCCGUAUGUCAAAGUAUUGGUUCCUCGGAAUUUGACAGUAUCAAUACUAUUUUAUCUAACAGUUCCUUCAGUAAACCUGGUAAUUCAUGGUGCCCAGAGACAGAUGAAAAAGGAAAUAUAUUUUAUGUGGAGAUAGCUGAAAAAUGUAAACAUCUGAAAAUAAACAACAGUCAUGAAAGUAGCAUAGACGAUGUUGGAUAUGGUACUGACAAUGAAGUGAAUAACAUCCACAAUAUUGCCAAUCAACAGAAUACUUCCCCUAAUGGAAAUCUUCCUUCAAAAGGAUGUCAUAUUGCUAAUUGUAGAUGUAACCAAAAUGAUAAUAAUUUGGAGUUUUACAGAAUGGAUAAUUUAGUGCAGUUUAAAAUUCCAAUAAAACAUGUAAAUAUUACAAAAAUACUGGGUGAUACUCCUAAACCACAUAGUUAUGUUGGUAGAAUUUUAUGCAAAGAUCUUUUUGGAAUAAUACCAGGACAUUUCAAAUCUUCAAAAUGCAGUAACCAGAGACUAUGCAUCAGAGGAUUAGAUCCAACAAGGGACAUUCUGAAGAAAAAACAUAUCCAGAUAGGUGACUGUUUAAGACUUGUAAAUGGACAAGAGAUUACAUGGAAUAAUAUUGACGAAGUAUUCACCAGGUUGUGUUCUUCUGCAGAGGCAUCUUUUGUUGUACAACAAGUUUCUAAGAAGUCUUCAAAACCAAAUCAUCAUGAAGUUUUGAAAAAGACCAUUACAAAGGAUUCUGGGAUAGUACAGUUGCUGCCUAAACAAGAGGACAUAACUCUUGGAAAACAAUGGACAGAUAACUUACAUGCUGUCAUGUAUGUGGAUCUAGAAAAACUGAACUCAGAAAAUAACAAUAAAGAUGAAGAUCUGUUGUUCCAAUUUCCAGAAAAAUGUAGUGGUUUAACAGGAAUGCGAGGGGCAUUUGUUACCAUCUACAGUUCAUUAGCUGAGAUUUCACCUUCAUCCACAAACAAAUCAACAUUUAUGUACAACAACAAACUGAUGAACGCCUCCUACUAUAAAGAAGAAAACAAUCUUCUUAUAGUCAUAUUUCAACAAGAUAGGAUUCAUCCCCUAUUACUGCCCAAAGUUGUACAGAAUCUAAUCCGUGUUAUAAGAGUGCAAUAUAAUUCCUUACAUGAAGCAUUUUCUCAUCGAGACAAUCAUCCAAGUUUAUCAGCAUUACUGACCUCAGUUCUUCAUCAGAUGGACACGUCUACAUCAUCUGUUGAUGUUGACCAGUGUAGUAGUUGUAGUAAUACAGUGCAAUAUCUUCAUCUUGAUUCUAUUUUUAAUGAUAGUAUUGAUCGAUUAGUGACUGGAUGGGAGGCACCAGAUUGUAAAGAAAUGUCUGAAAGUUACUAUGGUUAUAGAAGAACAUAUACAGUGUUAGGAUCUUGUUUGUUUUAUAAGGACUCCUUAGUAUGUAACCACUUGCCACAUGAUGACUUGCUGGAUAUCUACCUCUAUCUGAAGUACCAACACAUUAUGUCUGUCUGCUGUAGAGAAACUGUGCAGACGACAGUCAUUUGGAGGGAAAUAUUUCCCACAAGGCAGUUCUAUAAUUUGCCUGAAGAAGAACCGUUUGGUUACACAGAACCAGUUUCAGCCAGAUGGGUCUGGUUAUUUGUAGCCUAUAAGCACACAAUCCUAUGUUCAAUGUUGGAAACAAAUGGUUAUCAUACAAGACCAGAUGUAAUAUUAGAUCCUGACCCUUUCUUGAUUGACCAGGCCAAGGCUACGCUGAUGCAGAUUUUCAACCUCAAUAUGUAUAAACAAAUGGAUCACUGUUCCAAACAGUACACAUCAUCUUUAAUAACACAUCUAUCAGAGACUUCACAGAAACCAACCAGUCUGCAGAAUGAAGUUGUGAAGAAUAAUAUAUUUAACAGACACAGAAAAUCUGCCCGAUUUCAUAGAGAUUCCUCAGUUAGAUCUAGUGCUUCAUCUGACAGUGGAUCGAGUGUAGACAGUGGGAACAAGAAGACAUCUUUAUAUCAUCACAGCACAGAGGGUAGCUAUCUGUAUGACCUGAAUCAUGCAUUAGAAUUACCUAGAACUGAUAUCAAGUUGUCAGUAGGCAUUGAGAAUUGCAUGUUGCAUUAUUUACAUGUGGACAAACAUGAAGGUGUUUAUAUUAAAUCAGACUCCGGUGAAAUGGAUUCCAAAAUUCUUCAUAACUUCUCCCUUGCCUGUUCCAGGAUUAAAUAUAUCUUUGAUAGAUAUAGGUUCAAGAAAAAAACAUCAGAUCAAGUAACAGUAAACAACCAUAUGUUACCAGUAAGACAAGAUCCUACAUUCAGAAAUGUCAGAGAGGAAGGUGUAUUAUUUAAUAUUGCUAGUCAGGAGCCUCAGGAAAAGUCCCCCAUCUCAUACUGGGUUGUUGGGAGACAAAGAAGUUUAACAGAAUCCUAUGUUUGUUUCAAAGAUGGCACACCACAGAGCACAGUAGAACUUGCAUUUAAAAUAGCCUUUGGUAUAAAACCUGGAUAAAAGGAAAAAGUUUCAUCUUGAAUUGGACUCAGAAGACAUAUUGAAAUACUCAGUUUUUCAUAAAUCAGAAGAAAGAAAAUUAUAUUCAUGAGUUUUUGUGGACUGUUAGAUUGUUUCUUUUGAUAUAUAAUAUCUGCAACAAAACCAAUAUAUUUAUUUCUCAAAAGGAAUAGAAUUAUUAGUUACUAGGAUAUAUAUAACACAGAACAUACGUAAUGUGGUCAAAUAUACUUUUUACUUUUAUAUGAAAUCCAACCUUUCUAAUUGAUGAUAUUUCUAUCUGAUAUUUGAGUAAAAUUUGCAUUUUGUAAAAAAAAAGUAGACUUUUUAAUACAUUUUGAAACACCUUAGUGAAUUUAUGGAUCUGUGCUUUCAAGGGAGUCUGAAUAUGAAAUACUAAACAAACCCAUGAUGGGUGUUAUAUACAAGAUUUUAGUUAGGUUGUCUGAAAAGUAAGUGGAAUAUUAUAAUGUAAUUUAAAUGUCAUAGCUUUUACAUCUACAUGUAUGUGCAAUAAUCAUAUUACAUUUUCAAUUCAAAGUGUCUCAAAAAUCUUUUAAGCAUAAAAAUUUGUUUUUUUUAGUAAAGUUCAGUUUUGGCAGUUGUUGGUCGGUAAAUAGAUAAACCACAAUUAACACAUUAGAAAUAUGGUUGUAUUGCACAGUGAGA